GCUUGAUCAUUCCUGUUGCAAAGAUGAAUUGAGGCCAUAUGUUGGCCAGAAGUUUAAGUCACUUGAUGAUGCCAUUGCAUUUUAUGAAGAAUAUGCUCGUGACGCUUGUUUUGACACACGAAAGGGAGGUCACAAAUCUAGUGGUGAUGUAACGACAUGGCAGUACUUAGUAUGCAAUCGGCAAGGUGUGCAUAGGUAUGAAGAUGAUGAUUUAUUAAUAUCACAACAAGGACCUUCAAACAAACGUAGAUGUGGGUCAAAAAGAUGUGGUUGCGAAGCAAAAAUUGUUUUCAAGUUUGUAUCGGAAUGGGGUGUGGUUCAUUAUGCUGUUCAUACCUUUGUUGAAAAGCAUAAUCAUGGUAUGGUUGAAAAGCAACAUAAACGUUUUAUGAAAGCCAAUCGAAAGUUGAAUGAAGUCCAUCUUAAAUUUGUUGAAGAUUGUACGAAGGCAAAUAUUGGACCUAGCUCAACUUUUAAUCUAUUGAAAGAGUUUAUUGGUGGGUAUGAAACUGUUGGAUUCACGGCUAAUGACAUUAGAAAUUGUUCUAGAGAUAUUAAAGAAAAAAUGAAGGGUGUUGAUGUUCAAAUGAUUCUCAAUCAAAUGUCUGAGAAGAAGAGCUUAUGUGAUGGAUUUUUUUACAAAUUCCAGUUAGGUCCCGAUGGAAAGCUCAUAAGUUUGUUCUGGUCUGAUGCCGAGUCCAGGAGACAUUAUCAUAUGUUUGGAGACAUUGUAGCAUUCGAUACUACGUACUCGACAAACAGGUAUUGUAUGGUUUUUGGUCCUUUUACGGGCAAAGAUAACCAUGGCUGCCCCGUGUCAUUUGGAGCUGGAUUUGUUUGUAGUGAAAAUUCAGAUUCAUUUUGUUGGUUAUUCAAUGUGUUCGUUGAAUGCAUGGGGGUCGCGCCUAAGCUAUUAAUUACCGAUCAAGACUGGGGAAUGAGGAUUGCUAUAGAAAAAGUUUUGGUCGGUACUCGCCAUCGUUGGUGUAUGUGGCAUAUAAUGAACAAAUUGUUUGAUAAGGUCCCAAAAUCUGUAUUGGAAAUUGAAGAUUUUAAAAAGGAUUUGAAAUAUUGUGUAUGGUCAGAACUCUUGGAGCCUGAUGAGUUUGAAGAAAUGUGGGAUUAUAUUAUGCAACAAUAUGGCUUGGAAGAUAUAAAUUGGUUCAAGACCAUGUAUGAUAAUAGGCGUUUCUGGAUUCCAGCUUAUUUUAGGGACUUUCCAAUGAGCUCGUUGAUGAAAACAACAUCACUAUCCGAGUGUGAAAAUAGCUUUUUCAAAAGUUACACAAAGCCUCAUUUUAGCCUUGCUGAUUUUACUCUGCAGUACAACCAUGCAUUGGAUUCUCAAAGGAAUCAAACUGAAAGGUUUGAUUAUAUUGAUUCUACGACCAUCCCAAUUUUAUCAACUGAUUUGGCAUUUGAGAAGCAUGCAGCAUCGUUAUACACAGAUCAGAUGCUUAAAGUAGUACAAAAUGAGAUUUUGGAGGCAGAUCGUAGGUGCCGAUUGACUGAUAUUUUGACUGUGGCAAACACGAAGAUUUUCAAAGUGGUUGACAGUAAACAUAAUAUUUGUUAUGUUAAACAGGAAUCAGCAACUGACUCAUAUGAAUGUGACUGUAAGUUGUAUGGGAGGAAAGGUAUUUUGUGUUGCCACAUUUUUCUUGUGCUAAAAAAUAAUGAUGUGAAGACUAUACCAGAGAAAUAUAUUAGCACUCGAUGGCUGAAGAAAUCCUUAUUAAAGGCUGUUCAUUGUGAUCCUAGCGACGAGCAUGUCUCCUGCCAAGAUUCAACUGUUAAUGACAAACAGAAGCAAGCUAAUAAGUUGCACACGAUAUACUUUCGGUUAUUUCAACGUGCUGAUAGUCAAAUUGAUGGUUUUAAUGCACUGGAAAAUGCACUUGAGAGAGUUGAAGAGGAACUUUUUGCAUAUUGUGAUUCUUUAUUGCCCUCAAUAGAUAAGGAUCGGAGUAUUCAUAAUAUAUAUGGUACUACUCGACCAGAUGUUAUUAUUGCUCACCCUCCAAAUGUGGUAAAAACUAAGGGUUCUGGUCGCAGAUUUGUGUCAAUUAAAGAGAAGGCAAUCAGGCAGUCAUAUAAACCUCCUAGGCGAUGUUCAAAGUGCCGUGAGUUUGGGAAUCAUGAUUCCAUAAAUUGUGAUAGGAUCAAGGAGAAACUGAAGCAAAAGUAG